AUGACUUAUAGUAAAGAAGAUAAACAUAGUGGGAAGAGUGUUCCCGAUGGGUUAGAGGUGGAUAAGAGUGAUAUAAGUACUGAAAUAGUUAAUGUUGAUACUGGUAACCAAAGUGCGGAAGCGGAAGAUGAAAUAGAUCAAGAAUUCGAUGUGACAGUAUUGGUAUAUGAUUUAUCAGGAGGGAUGGCAGCCCAAUAUUCUCCUAUGCUCUUGGGAAUUAGACUUGAAGCCAUCUAUCAUACCUCAGUGGUUGUAUAUGGUAAAGAAUAUUUCAUCAAUCAAGGUAUUCAAAUAAAUCCCAAUCCUGGAAAUACAAAAUAUGGCAUGCCAAUGGAAAUCCUUGAUAAAGGGAAAACAUUUAUAACGGAAGAUAUAUUUAAUGAGUUUUUAGAUGAUUUAAGAAAUCAUGAUGAAAAUAAGUAUCAUGCUAUGAAUUAUGAUUUAUUUAAUAAUAAUUGUAAUCAUUUUACCGAUGUAUUAUUAGAUUUCUUAGUAGGAUCUAAUCUUGAUAAGAGAAUAUUGAAUUUACCUGAUCAAGUAUUGAAUACUCCAAAUGGACAAUUGUUGAGACAAAUGAUUGGGAAUGGAAAUGAAUUAGUGUGA